AAAGCGUGCGUCACUGCCGUGCUGGCAAGGGGAGCUUGCAAAAGGCUGCGCUCAUUCAUGCAAUAGGCGGCGCGCAGGAUGGAGCCUGGGAAGGGGGCAAGCGUGCUUGUGGGAGGCGGGGCUUCGCACCAGUGACUUGCUGGAGGGUCAUGUGGAGUGCCUUGCAGGGGAGGCUGUGGCUUGCGAGGAAUCCUGGCACCUCCAAGGUGUUCUGCAGGUCGUACUGCCGAGCCGCGAAGAGGGACACCAUCUUUGCCCUGUCUUCGGGCCAAGGGAAAUGCGGGGUGGCCGUGAUUCGAACCAGCGGCCUGGCCAGCAGCAUGGCCCUGGUCCGCCUCACGAGGGCGGAGGUGCCUCCUCCGAGAGUGGCCACGCUGCGGCGGAUCUGCGACCCCCGGUCUGCCGAAACCCUGGACUGCGGCCUCGUCUUGUGGUUCCCAGGGCCGGGCAGUUUCACGGGUGAAGACAGCGCAGAGUUCCACGUCCACGGAGGGCCGGCUGUGGUGAGCGGCGUCUUGAAGGCUUUGGGCUGCCUCCCUCUGCUGCGCCUUGCCGAACCCGGGGAGUUCACCAAACGGGCCUUCCAGAACGGCAAGCUGGACUUGACCGCGGCGGAAGGCCUAGGGGACUUGAUUCAUGCCGAGACGGAAAGCCAGCGCCGGCAGGCUCUCCGCCAGAUGGAAGGGGACUUGGGGCGCCUCUACCGGCGUUGGAGUGACACCCUCACAAAGGCCUUGGCCCACCUUGAAGCCUACAUUGACUUCAGCGAAGACGACAACAUUGAGGAGGGGGUCCUUGCUCAAGUGGAAGAGGCCGUUGAGGCAUUGGAGAAGGAGGUGCGGGAGCACUUGCAAGAUGGCCGCCGCGGCGAGAGGCUGAGGGACGGAGUCCAUGUGGUGAUCGCAGGGCCCACCAACGCCGGGAAAAGCAGCCUCCUCAACCACCUAUGUCAGAAGCCGGCAGCCAUUGUUUCCCCCAUAGCAGGGACCACACGGGAUGUGGUGGAGGCGGCGCUGAACAUCUCCGGGUUCCCUGUGGUGCUGAGCGACACCGCAGGGCUGCGGGACACCAGUGAUGUUGUUGAGAUGGAGGGAGUGAACCGGGCUCGGCAGAGGGUGGAGGUUGCUGACCUCGUUCUUGCCGUCCUGGAUGCAGCGGAAGUGGCCCAGAAGCCUAACCAACUGGUCCCUGCCUUGCUGGACAUCCUGCCGCCGGACGAUCCGAAAGGGACCCGGCCGUACUUGCUGGUUCUGAACAAGAUGGACCUGCUAGGCGACAAGGAACGGGCGGAUCUGCGGGCGAACUUUGCCGACUCGGACCUGGCGCCGGCCUGCUUUCUCUCUUGCAAAACGGGAGAAGGGAUCGCUACCUUCCUGAGCGUGUUGGGGAAGCAGCUGGCUGACAUGUGCGGCGACCCUCUCGCAGGCUCCCCCAGCCCCACGCAAGCGCGCCACCAACUCAGCUUAGCCAAAUGUCUAGAGGCCCUAGGGCGCUUUGGCCACUACCGGGCCGUGGAUCUCGCUCUGGCCGCGGAGGAAUUGCGGCAAGCCCGGCGACUGCUGGGACGUCUGACGGGACAGGUGGGGUCUGAAGAGAUCCUGGAGCUCAUCUUCAAGGAUUUUUGCAUUGGCAAGUGAUGGAGUGACGCGACGGGGUGAGCUCCUGUUGCUCGGUCCCAGCUGCUGCCAACCUAGCAGUUCGAAAGC